AUGACUGACAAAAACACCCAUACUCUAUUAGCCGAUUGGCAGCGACGCACUCGACAACUAUCUGAAAGCCAUCCGAAUCGUAUUCAGCUAUGGGAAGAUCGCGUGUACGAGGACUUAAACCUUCUGGAGACACUUUUCUAUAGGCUGGCAUCUUCAUCCAAGUCACCAUCGCGAGAGGUCGCGCCAUAUUUCGCUGGUAUGGCCUCCAUUGCUGUGACGAUAGCAGGCGUUCGGGGGACAAUCUUUCCUCGCGACAUGUCGACGGCUCCCAAUAAACCAAGCCAUUCUUUUCCAGUCUCUUUCUUCAUUCAGAUCAAGGAUACUGUGCGCUCCAAUGGGUGGUGCCCGCUGGCCAUCAAGCGCUUUCUCGAGCCAUCCAUAAUCCUCCUAGAGUAUGCGAGUACAUGCGAACCUUCCAUAUAUCACGGUGCCGAGUGCACCGAGGAAGCGUGCACUCGGAACACAAUUAAUGCCACGGGAUACAAACCGCAACACACGACGGAAUGUCCAUCCGCUUACGCGUAUACGAUACCUCCCAAAUCAGGAGUAUAUGACCUGCUGCAGCGGGGAAGGAUCCCAGUUAUUCAGCGACAGCCGAAUGGGACACUAUGCGUCAGAGACGCUUCCGAGACUCCGUAUGUUGCUAUAUCCGAAGUGUGGGUGGACGGCCUCGGCGGCACGACCGAAAAAGGGCUGCCUACGUGCCAAAUUGAACGAUUGGCGAAGCUCGUCCAUGCUUUGCUUCCUGGCGGGGCAUUCUGGAUGGAUUCGCUCUGCGUGCCGGAAGUCAGAGCGAUGAGGAAGCAGGCAAUCAGACAGAUGGGGAGGACAUAUGCGGAUGCAAGUGCGGUGCUUGUGACGGACGCAGGCAUUCGAUGUUACUCUCGAUCAUCUGCUUUGGAAGAUGUAGCGCUGGGUGUUCUAACUUCAGGUUGGAUGCAGCGUCUAUGGACACUCCAGGAAGGUCUAUUGGCGAAGAAGCUAAUCUUUGAGCUUUCAGAUGGUUUCGCAUCUCUGGACAGUUUCUUCCCCGAUCCUGCCAUGCAGUGGGCCAAUCCGCUUCUUUCUCAGUGCCUUUCGAAACUGUAUCACUUCACAAGACGGCAUAAUCAGCGCCUUUUAUCUAUACCCGGGGCUCGUACAGAGUUCAUAGACCUCGUGCGAUUUUUGUUUGGGAGAUGGACUAGCAAACCGGAGGACGAGACCAUUGCAGUAUGUGGGCUGCUGAAUGUCGACCCAAUCACGUUAUUCGAUAUCGAGCCGCUGGAGCGCUUGAAGACUUUGCUCAUACAAGUCGGACGCCUGCCAAGCGAUAUCGUUUUCAUGGAUUGUCCAAAGAUGGAGGUCCCUGGCUUUCGCUGGGCACCCAAGUCUUUGAUGCGCUCUGAUUUUCGUGUAGGACACGAGUGCCGCGCGGUGUGCACGGCGGAAGGGCUUGACGCAGAAUAUCACUGCGCGCGGUUCGCUCAGGUCGUUAUUCCCGCUGGAAUCACCGGGAAGCUUUUGAUCCAAUUCGACGAUCAGGGCGCUGCAACUAAAGUGUUAGACGGGGCGAUCGGAAGACUAGAUGUUUCCUAUGCUUGCAAUGUCGUGCUGUUAGAGAAAGACCUGAAGAACGGGAAAACGUGGAUGAAGGGCGCAUUGGGCCUGUUGGAUACUACUGGUUUGUCCGAGUGUGAUCAAGGCACCAAUUUAAGAAGAGAUUGUGAAUAUCUGGGGCGUGCGAUGUUCAUUCCGUUAACUAACAGAGCGUUGGAAAAGCGUGUAGCCGAGAAACCUAGAUCUGCUAUAGUCAUAGAAGCAACACUGGAAAAAUUGCGGGUGCUGGUGAGAUAG